AAAAUGUUUUGAAUUAUUGACGCUCACUGAAAUCUCGUGCUCACAUUGACUUUUGCGGCCGUAACGGCCGUAGUCAAUACCUUGUCAAUGACGGUCAUAUAAUCCCUUCUCUAUUCGGCAUCGGCAUCUUUGUCGUCUAAACGUAACUUCGUUUCUAAUCGAUCGCAAUGAGGAAGUCCUCGAAGCGAGCCUCAUAUAUCGGGAGGUCAAGAGUAUCUUCUUUUGCGUUCUCCCAUAUUCCAUACCAAUGUCUUUUCCUCUUCGCAAAAUCGGUGACACAAAGGUUUCUGCCAUUGGCUUUGGGGCCAUGGGUCUUUCUGGAUUCUACGGUGAAGCGGUAACCUCUGACGAGGAAAGGUUCAAGGUUCUCGACGCAGCUUUUGAAAAAGGAUGCACCCUCUGGGACACAGCGGACAUCUAUAAUGAUAACGAAGCGCUUAUUGGAAAGUGGUUGAAACGUACCGGUAAUCGCGAUAAGGUCUUCAUCGCGACGAAAGUCGGCUACUACCACAAGCCCGAAGUUCGUCUCGUCAACGGGGACGCCGAUUAUAUUGUUGAGGCUGCAAAUAAGUCUUUGAAAGCACUUGAUAUAUCCACUAUAGACUUAUUAUACCUUCACCGUGCAGAUGUGACUGUACCCAUUGAAGUUACAGUGGGUGCGAUGGCGCAACUCGUCAAGGAAGGCAAAGUCAAGUACAUUGGGCUCUCAGAAGUUUCAGUCGCCACAAUCCGAAGAGCACAUGCGGUGCAUCCCAUUUCUGCCGUUCAAGUGGAAUAUUCUCCAUUCAACUUGGAGAUCGAAGAUGAAAAGAUCGGUGUUCUUAAAGUCUGCAGGGAACUCGGUAUCACUAUCGUCGCAUACUCCCCUCUAGGACGUGGCAUUCUGACGGGCCAGGUGAAAUCCGCUGCCGACUUUCCAGAAGGAGACUUCCGCAAAAUCUUCCCCAAAUAUAGCCAGGAAAAUUUCCCAAACAUCUUGAAACUUGCUGACGGACUGAAGGAGAUUGGAAAGAAGCACGGUGCCACUGGGGGUCAAGUUGCAUUGGCUUGGCUUUUGGCACAGGGUGACGAUAUCAUCCCGAUUCCGGGCACAAAGAAGGUCAAAUAUCUCGAAGAAAACCUCGGGGCUGUAAACGUCAAGCUUUCGGACGAAGAUCUCAAACUCGUACGCGAAUACAUCGAGAAAUCGGACGCUACCAAGGGAGCUAGAUACCCAGAAUGGGGUAUGCACCUUGCGUAUGCCGAUACUCCGGAGCUUCCCAAAUGAUUAUCUGCAGAGACGACCAUCUCCACUGGUCAAACUCCUGCAGCAGACAACGCAAAUGACACGGAAAUGAGACCAAAGAAGAAUCUUCGUCAAAUUUUUUGCAAUUGUACAAUAGCAUGAUAACAUGA